CAAGAGGACGCAUGGCCUGCGCUCCAUCAGAAUAUUGGUGGGAUUAGAGAGAUUAAUUUCAACGACUUGGCCAGAGGACAACCAGGGGAGCUCACUGUCACUCCUGCACGCACGGACCCCCAAACAGGGCAGCCAAUCAGGCCUCCUGGAAUGAAAACCACUGGAGGGUGGGCGGGUGGAGACAGACAGAGGGCUGCUCGCACUGUGGGGAAGUCAAAAACUGUCCUGAGCCCUGAAGAGGCAAGAGAAACUUCACAUAAAAAGCAGAUCUCUGAGAAAAGAGCUGCAGUCUGGACUGCUAUGGAGGAGCAGGGAAAUCGGGACAUAUUGGAAUUUGACUGCAGCAAGUUUGAUCCUGAAACCAAAACCAGAGACCCCACAGUCUCAUAUAACUCCAACGAGGAGGACUUUGUAUUGCUAGAGCGAGAUGAGACCUGGAUGUCAUCUGAGGCAGAGAACGAUGUGGCUGCUAGCUACAGAAAAAGAGCAGCAGAGGAAAAAACUCCCAAUCACAAUGACGACCAGCUUCAUCCGCCUUCCAGAGGGAGAUCUGGUUCUUUCCGGGCGUGUAGAAGGAGUCCACCCCCUGUCUGUUUAAACCGGGAAAAUGCUGAAGUGACAGGCAGCAGGUGCCAGCUAAAAGGAGUAAGUCAUGCUGGAGCUGCUCACAGUGAGACAACUGGUCAAGGAUCAGCAGAGAAGGAGCGAAAUACUGCAACUCACAUCCGACAGGAGCCUCUGGCAACGCAAGACAAAUCCAAAAACCAGGGUAAGGAAGAGAACAUGUCAGGGUUUGUUGCAGCACAAGAGUUGUGCCAUCAAAACAAGUUUGCAGGAGCUGUUUCUAAGAGGGCUAUGGCAGGAGUCGUAGGCAGCCAUUUACAAAGUACCAUGAGAGACAGCAGCUUUGACAAAGUCAGGAACUCUCACCCUCAAGAGACCCCUCCCUCUGCGGCUCCAGACAGACCCUCCAUGACACUGGAACAACGCGAUUCGACGCCCUGUCCUCCAAGAGCCUGUGACGCAGACAGACAGGUUGCCAACUUGGAAAAGGAGACAGGGCCUGUUUGCCACUCCGCCGUGGUCACACCUCCACCUUUAACUCAUGUGCUUCCACAGAGAGACACAACAUCCGGGUCUGACUUGGCCUCACGCAAUUCCACAGAGUCCAAACAGACUGAAAAGAAAGUCAAAGGUCCUCCUCCUCCUGUCCCCAGAAAACCUAGAAAUCCUUUCAUAAAGGUCAAAACUGCACAGCUGAUGACUGGUGACGUUCAGAGAAGAGGCAAAGACCACCUGCGCUCAGAAGAAAGGGUCAAGAGGAGACACACCUUUCAUUUCAACAAAGACCUUCAGGUCAACCCUCCAGCUAAUCAGGACAUGUGUUUGUUGUGGGAUGAAAGGGGCACAUACACCUUACCCACUAACUUUCGCAGACUCUCAGCUGACUUUAGCCCAUGGGAGCAGCUCUCGCUUGAAUGCAUGGAUGAGCGGUAUGGAGACAUGAUUGAUUACGACUACUGUUUGCGAAUUGCAAAAGUGCCUCAAGAGGAAGAAGCUCAAAACAUGGACAUGCUCCAGAGACGGAUGUUCCUAGAGAGGCGAUCAAGAUUUAAAUGUUCGACUCCCUCUGCUGGGAAAAAGAACACAUAUCCCUUUGCCUCCGUAGAGACUCUUCCCACACUUGAGGUGCCAAACCACACUGAACCUCAAAGCCAGAAAUGUUCUCUGUCAGGAAAGGAGCUGCCACCAGCAACAGUGAGCGUCAGCAGCCGCAGUAACUCCUCCCUUGAUUUGACAGAUCACAGUGGGGAUGUGGGCUCCUUCAAGCCUGUGGCAGAAAUCGUAAAAGCGGCGAACCAAAUUCAGAAACAGCAGGGCUUGGUCAGAGCUGACGGGCCGAAAGCUGAGGUUCGUCUGCCAGAGCAGGGCUCCAGUGUGAAGGUGUCUCAAAUGAAGAAUGCCUUCGAUGUCCCCAAAAAAACCAAGGUGAGGCCAGCAGAAGUGCAAGCACCUCCAAAGAAAGCAGAUAUGAUGCGACGAGUUGUAAGGCAGAGCAAGUUCCGUCACGUGUUUGGUCAGGCUGUGAGGAACGACCAGUGCUACGAUGACAUCCGUGUGUCCAGAGUAACCUGGGAUAGCUCCUUCUGUGCCGUCAACCCCAAGUUUGUUGCCAUAAUCAUUGAGGCGAGCGGCGGAGGAGCUUUCCUUGUCCUUCCUCUGCACAAGACCGGCCGCAUCGACAAAGCGUACCCGACAGUGUGCGGUCACACGGCACCCGUGCUGGACAUCGACUGGUGUCCUCAUAAUGAUCUAGUCAUUGCUAGUGGCUCAGAGGACUGCACGGUCAUGGUGUGGCAGGUACCGGAGAACGGAUUGGAGAACCCCAUUUCCGAGCCUGUGGUUGUGUUAGAAGGACACUCCAAAAGAGUCGGCAUCGUGUCGUGGCAUCCCACUGCUCGCAACGUUCUUCUCAGCGCAGGCUGUGACAACCAGAUCCUCAUCUGGAAUGUGGGCUCGGGCCAGGCCAUGAUCAGCUUGGAGGACAUGCACCCUGAUGUCAUCUUUAGUGUCAGCUGGAGCCGCAAUGGCAGCCUGUUGUGUACCGCCUGCAAGGACAAGAAGGUCCGCGUCAUCGACCCCCGUAAAAGGAAGAUCGUGGCCGAGAAGGACAAAGCCCACGAGGGAGCUCGGCCAAUGAGAGCAAUCUUUUUAGCCGACGGAAACAUUUUCACCACCGGAUUCAGUCGCAUGAGCGAGCGCCAGCUUGCCCUGUGGAAAUCUGGCAAUAUGGAUGAGCCCAUCUGUGUUCAAGAGAUGGACAGCAGUAAUGGAGUUCUGCUGCCCUUCUAUGACCCUGACACCAACAUAGUGUACCUGUGCGGAAAGGGGGACAGCAGCAUUCGGUACUUUGAGAUCACCGACGAGGCGCCGUUUGUUCACUACCUCAAUACCUUUUCCACAAAGGAGCCCCAGAGAGGCAUGGGGUACAUGCCCAAGAGAGGUCUGGAUGUCAACAAAUGUGAAAUUGCAAGGUUUUACAAAUUGCAUGAGAGAAAAUGUGAACCCAUCAUCAUGACGGUUCCACGGAAGUCGGAUCUGUUCCAGGACGACCUGUAUCCGGACACCGCCAGCCCCGAUCCCGCGCUGGAGGCGGAGGAGUGGUUCGCCGGUAAGAACGGAGGCCCCAUCCUGAUCUCACUCAGAGAUGGCUACGUGUCCACGAAGAGCCGGGACCUCAAAGUGGUCAAGACCAAUGUGCUGGAGAGCAAGCCGGCCACCAAAGCAGAGAGCAUCCCGACUGUACAGAAGCACGCUCCUCCACAGUCCUCAGUGAAAAUGGAAGAUAAGCUGGAAGAGGUGCUGAGAGAGUUCAAGUCACUCAGAGACCGUGUCAUCCUUCAAGACCGCCGCAUCGCCAGACUGGAGGAGCAGGUAGCCAAGGUGGCGCUGUGAGGCGACGGUCCUGAGCGGACGGUGUCAGAGACGGCCAAAUCCUCAAUAUUCCACGUAACUGAGCUUGGUGUUUGUCCCAGUAAUGAGGCCAAGCCCACAUUCCAAGAUGAACGCUCUAUUUGCUCAUUUUUCUCGCACACACAGAGAAAAGGAACAAUUCCUGCAGCUCAUCAGAAGAGAUUUUUGUUGAAGUCUUAACUGUUUUUUUUUGGAAAUUGUUGUAAAGCAUUCUUGUGUGAAGUUUGUACUUACUGCUCAAAGAUCUGCCUGUAGCAUCAGUAUUUCCAUUGUUCUUUUGUGUUGCCAAAUAUGGAUUGUGUGCUUUCAUGCACAACUUGACAUUGUUUUUUUUUUUUUUUUGCUCCUGUUGUACAUUCCAGUCACAGCCUGGUAGAACAACGUAGUAAAAAGCUGGAUUGUUUUGUUUUAUUUCUAUUUUUUAUGAUAGCAGUUGAAGUGUUUUCCUCCCAACGUUGUGCUCAUUGACAUCCAACGGUUCUCUGAAUGUGGAAGAAAUCCUGUUCAGCUGGGCUUCUAAUCCGACAUGGGGGUUUUAACGAGCGGGAAAGAGGUCACUGCGAUGGGGUCAAACCGAAGUUGCCCUCUCUGGUGUCUGUUGGUGUUGGGAAGGGUUAACUCGUGCAGCUGGUGUUUCACUGAAGCCCCCCCCGACAACAGUUCUGUGCACACAAUAAAGGUUUUACACAUGAGA